AUGGGCCCAGGAGCAAAGAGAAGAAAGGUAGCCAGUUCUGUCGAAGAGGUUAAUUUCGACCCCGCCGCCCGCCAUGAAUUCCUCACAGGCUUUCAUAAGCGCAAAGUACAACGAGCGAAGCAUGCACAAGAUUAUGCAAUCAAAAGGGCAAAGGAGGACAAGAGAGAGGAAAGGCGAAAGAUGCGUGAAGAGCGAGCCGCGGAAUUUCAACAGGCAAUUGAGCAACAUCAGAAACAACUCAGAAGAAUGAAUAAUGACAGCGACGAUGAUAGCGAUGAUUCCAAUGCUGGUGGUGACGGCGAUGGAGGUGAAGACCAAGAAUGGGAAGGGUUCACAGAACCUCCGGCCGUGGACUACGAAGCCGAAUACAUCGACGAAGACAAAUAUACCACCGUCACAGUAGAGGAGAUGGACCCAUCCAGAGAGGGCUUGCUUCGGUCGGCAAAAAAUGACGAUUCGGAGGAAGAAGAGGAUCAAGCAAAAGAAUCGCCCGAGGUUGAUACCAAAUCAAAUGCUGUGGCGGAGAAGAAGAAACCUCCAAAGACCGACAAACCCAAGAAGAAGAAAAAGAAGUUCCGAUACGAGAGCAAGGAAGAGCGUCAGCUCACUAGGACGAAACAGCGCAUGUCGAAGAAGAGGAAGGCGGAUGCCCGACGCGAGCGAUGA